UUUCAUGCAUGUGAAUGGUUUGAAAUUGCAGAUGUUGUGGUAACAGCUGAAGAGGAGAAAGUUCGAGAUGCCGCCGGAUAUCAAGCCAUUGCUGAAAUUCACCGAGAAAUGGACGAUGAUCACUCAGGGUCAAUCGAUAGGAAAGAAACCACGGGUUUCAUGACGGAGGAUAUGCACAUGCGGAGUUCUGACCGAGCUCGACGUGAACAUGCCUUCCAUGGCAAUGAUGAUGCCAUUACGAUCGAUGACCUCUGGGAAGCAUGGUUCGAAAGUGAUGAACGAUCGUGGACAAAUGACCAGGUUCUCAACUGGAUUGUGAAUGAGGUCAAUCUUCCCAUGUAUGCGGAACGGAUAGUGGAGCUCAAGAUAGAUGGAACAGUGUUGCCAAGGUUGGCAGUGCACAAUUCGACAUAUAUGACAAACUAUCUUGGAAUAAAGUCAUCAGUACAUCGUCAAAAGUUACGACUCAACGCACUUGACGUUGUCCUGUUCGGCCACCGCGAUCCUUCUUCUAAAGGAAAAGACAUUGCUCUAGCUCUUUUGCUUCUUUUGCUUACAUCCGUUUUAAUUCUCUACGUUAAACAACGACGUCGAGCUCGCCUACAGGUAACAGAGCUCUCCCAGAAACUGAAAGAAUUGAAAUCUAUGGAAAAUCAAUUUGAUCAUGAACAAAAGAAGUGGCAUGAAGAGCGAAGCAGACGAUCAACGAACGAUGGAGGCGUUAGCCAAGUAGAAGUUGAUAACCUACGAGUUCAACUAGAAGCAGCCGAACGACGAUUAGAAGAGAACGGAUUCGGUGGUUGUCCUCUCGCACUACAACCGCUGCUUCGAAAGACGUGUGAAGUUGAGAUGGCCUUCCUGGAAAAGCAAAAACAAGAGUGA